GGGAAGCAGCCCGUGGCAGUAUAUAAACGAAGACAGCAAAAUAUUUUCCUCAAAGAACUUCACACCUUUAGAAGAAAGCCUGAAGAGGAAACCCUCGGAGAAAACAAUAAUGUCUGGAGAUGCGACCCAACCAACAACGAUCAGAGGCUCGCCUACAAAGUACGUGAAACUGAAUGUCGGAGGGUCUCUUCACUACACUACAAUCGGGACUCUCUCCAAACAAGACAGCAUGUUACGAGCAAUGUUUAGUGGCAGAAUGGAAGUUCUUACAGAUACUGAUGGUAUGUUUUGGCACUUGUAGAAUUUGAUUCUAUUACCUCGACUCUAAAUGGGCUUUAUUUUGCUAAAUUGUUGGCCUAUAUAGACUGAUUCAACUUCAAAUUUUGCAUGUCUUUAUGAUACACGUCCUCGUUGAUACCAUUUCUGACAGUCUCAGCAUUAUAAUCUCGGUAGUGGCUGUCAUACAAGGUAAAUAGAAAAAAAGAGGUCGCCAAGUUUCUGUGAAAUAUAAGUCUCCAGAAAAAAAAUACGCUUAUGUUUUUCUUCACACAAAAUUUUCAGUUGACGUAACAUACAUGUAUGUUAUUUUCCCCUUAUGAAGUCACCUAUUCUGUGGGUCAGAGGAUUUCUUCAAAUUGCAUUAUAGGGGCGUGGUCGACUGCAACUUGCAAACAAAUUUCCCUGUUUUGUGCUUGAUAUUAGGUGUAACCAGUCAACUUAUGUUGCGUGAACUUCCUGGCACUCUUUGUUGUUAGCAGGUGUUUUAAUAACAACCUGUUUCCAACAGUCUGAAGGCACAAUCUCUACCCUCUCCCAAGUCUAGUCAUCGAUCAUCCCCUUUUGGAGAAUGAGUACGGGCUCAUUUUCCCAAGCAGGUGUUAGUAAUUGAGCCUAAGUGAAAUUAAUGGGAAGUUGGUUUUUGAAGAGGUCCACAAACUUUUAUUCAGUGUUGUCAAGGGAGAAUUCUACAGUCACCAUUGCAAUGUUCUAUAUUGUUUGCUUUGAGACAGUCAUGUAUGGACUUGAUGUCAUUUUCAAACAAUUAAUUUAAAAAUGUGCUUACAUCUCAGGAAUUAGACUUCCGUUUAAUUACAACCUCUGUAAAUAACUUUAGAGAAAUUCACAUAUCCUGACGAGUGCCCUAAUUUUGAACUUCUACAAACAACACAUAAAUUUAUCUAUAAUUUACAUUAGCUUGGAGAGCUGUUAGGUGCAUAUGGAGAAACAAAACAGUUUCUGUUGCUUGAAAUCUUUCAUUGAAGUCAAUAAAUAUUUAUUGUCACUUUGUUGAUUAGGCUGGAUACUCAUUGAUAGAUGUGGAAAGCAUUUCCCUCUUGUUUUAAACUUUUUGCGUGAUGGAAGUGUACCCUUGCCCCAGAGUGAAGUGGAGCUGCAAGAGCUCUUGAUGGAAGCCAAGUAUUACUUGAUUGAACAGCUAGUAGAAUUGUGUGAAAAAGCGCUGGAAAAGAAAAAGGAAGAGCAUGAUCCUAUCUGCCGCGUGCCACUUAUAACAUCUGCUAAGGAGGAAAGACAACUUGUGACUGGUAAAAAGGUAAAAAGUAACUUUUGAUACACAUUUUUUAUCAAUAGGUACUCAACAUACUGGGAGGCUGCUCGUGGGGGUCUGACCCUUACCAUUUUAUACACCAUUUUUGACAGAGAAGGUGCUCCUUUUAUAUACCUUCUUAGUUCUACAUUCACCUAUCUAGUUUACCUUAUUAUUGGAAAUUAACGCUUCAUGAAAUUAUUGUUAAUUUAAGUCGGGACAAUUUCUAGAAACAUCAAUUUCUGCAUUCAUUCAUUUAGUGGUGCAUUAAUUUUGGCAACCUUAAUUUCCAAUAUAUUAUUGGUCUCAAAUCCUCGAUACUUCUCUGACAUUCUUGACACAGGUCUAAGAAAGAGGAGUAUUUUAUCAGGGUGGAAAUCCACCAGUAUCAGUAAAAAUGUGAAGAGCCCUUAAAGUGGCCAGAUUUCUGAUCGCUUGACCCUCUUCUUACGUUUAGAGAAAGUACCACAAACAAAGUUUUCAUUUGGGAUUAUAAAUUUCACUUUGUUCCUGUUGUCUCAGCAAGGUUAAUUUUUUGUGAACCUUUUGUUCAUUUCCAUCAUUUUGAAAUGUUGCCCUCUCUUUUGUAUUAAUUUUCUUUAUCUGAGUCAUUUUCCAUGAAAUUCAUGUUAUUUUUCCCAUAUACCUUAAUUUCAUGGAGCAUUGAUUUCCUAUAAUUAAAAGGUAGAACCCUCUAUCCCUUUUAAUUGCUGGAAAUGUGAAUGUCUUUUAAUUAUGAAUAAAUCACAAAAACAGAAUGUUUUCUUGACUUUUCCAUGGCCAUAAGAUUUAUCUGUUAGCCUUUGGGCCUAUGGGCCUUUUGAGCCUUUUUACAGAUUGAAAUGGCAGGUUUCCAUACCCAUUCAUAUACUUCAACUAGUGAAAUCCCUACCCUUUAACAUACCUGAAUCCUGAAAAAGGUACCCUUUUUAUCAGAGCCUCCCCAUAUAACCCAGUAUAGGAAGUACCCCCCUCCAUACUUGGUGUUUUCCUUUUCUUUAGUUUACUAGUUGAUCACUAUGCUUGUUGAAUGAAGGAAUUAAAUGCAUAAAUUAUAUAUUAGUUAUUUAUGUCAAUAAUGGUUUUUUAUUCUCAACAGCCAGUGGUUAAACUCUCAUACAACAGAUCAAACAACAAAUAUUCCUACACUGGGUAUGUUUUGAUAAAUAAUAAGUAAUAAUUAGAUGAAUUAUUUUACUAAUAUUCUUAAAAGGAAAUGUGAUGGAAAUGUGACUCAUUUAAUAUCCACCAAUGAUUUUAACCUUAAGGUGACAUAAAUCCCCUCAACGAACAGCCAGCAGUUUGAAUAUCAGUACUUGACUUUGCAAUACGGUUGAACCUUGAUUAUCUGGACUUGUUUCCCUGGUCCCUUUUUUUUCAUGAAUAUUCAUAAGAUAUGAUCUUGAAAAAUUGAAACUAUUAAAAGUUCAUUAAUCUUUCCAAACAUGCGUUUGAAAUACUGUUUUAAUCUGUUUUCCUUGAAAAAGCGCGAGCGGAACAAGAUGAUUGGCUCAACUCUUAUAUUGCUAAAGGAAUGUCAUGCUUGAUUUUGCGUUGGUUAUGUAAACACGAGACCAAUCGAUUGUAAACUCAAAUAUCAGCUAUGUCUGUGCAACAAAAGCAGUGCGUUCUCUCCAUAAAGGAUAAGCAAAUGAUUAUUUCAUGUUUGGAGAAAGGCGAAAAAGGAACAAAUUUAGCACUCAAGUUUAAAAUCAGCAACCAGCAGAUCUCAGAUAUACGUAUAAGCAAAGAGAAGAUCCUGAAAUUCACAGACAGCAUCGAGAGGGAAGGAUUGAAAAUAAUAAAUACUUAUGUACAGUCCAUACAUAAAUUUAAGUAGGAGCUAAUUUACAAUAACAAACAAAUAAUUAACAAUAAUUUUUUUCUUUCACUCUCAUUUAUCUGGGCUAUUUACUCAAGUCCAAAUGAGUCCAGAUAAUCAAGGUUCAACUGUAACACACAAAUAGGCAAACCCUCAUGUGAUGAUCUGGCUUUGGCUUAGAGUUGGAUAGAAAAUACUAUUCAACUCUUAGUUGUAGCAUGUGUUGUUUGCUAAGAUUAAAGAGUGUCCUAAGAGAGUGUCUAGUGGAUCUUUAAUUGGUCCCUGGCUGUGCCCUAGCAGAGCCUGGUGGCCCCUGGCAACCAACUUUUGCUCUCCAGCGAUGAGAAGAUCAUCGGUUUUUCACACAAAUCAUAUGUUGGGCACCCUCGAGUUUGCAGGCUCAGAGCACGGGGCUCCCUUCAAUUUUCCUUAGAGCACAGCCUUGUGGUCUGUCAUAGUUUGGCAUAAAAGGAGAGGGUGGAAAGGUAGGGGUUACUAGGACUAGACUGCAAAACAGUCGGGUUUUUCUCAAAAUCGGUUUAGUGUACCUUAAGAGUUUCACACGCACGAAGCACGCAAGGCUCACACGCCCUACCAGUCUUGCUCUCUCUUUUCAGCCCCGCUCCAGACCUUUUGUUUGACUGUUCGCGCGUACUUGAAUACACGAGAAUACGGACUGUUUUGCGGUCUCUGCUUGGACACACUUCCCCUUUUUUGCCUCCUUCCAAUUUCCAUUUAUGCCUGCUUCCUGGCGGGGUACCACUGGGUAUUAAGCCUGCAAGCAAGCUCUCCUAUUUGGGCAAACGAAGCGAGCCUUGGGAGAACGCGCAAGCGAGGGGCCGAGGAAAGGGCCUUUCCUCUGCCCCUCGCGGCUUCGCCGCUCGCUCGCGCGUUCUCGCGAGACUCGUUUCACUCGCCCAAAUAGGAGAUCUUGCUCGCAGGCUACUGAGUAUUGGGAAUUGAGUGUGCCGCCUGGUUCUUUAAAUCCUGAUCUUGUGUCUGACCAGAAAAUGUCAUUCUCCACACCCGUUUUCAGAUCUGGCCUCUAAAAACCAUACCCAUUUUCAGAGCAAACAAACAAGGGUCACAAACGCGGCAGACAUGUUUACAUAGGCAGAAAUUAUGUCAUCAUUACUUAAAUUAUAACACCAACAAAAAGACCUUUAAACUUCCAUUUCGAAUUCGCAUAUUACUCUUUCUUUCUUAUUCACUUGGAAUUGAAACGACAACGUUCAUACACUCCUACGAGUUCCCUCGAAAAACAAACCCGAUUCCAGACCAAAAUCGGUAAAGUCUAUACCCAUUUUCAGACCGAAAGGGCGCAAAAAACAUAUCGUUUGGGAUGGCUCAGGGCGGCAUAGGGCGGGAGUACUUCCGGGGGGCCUUCUUGGAAGGCUGCUUUGAAUGUGUCAGGCCAAAUGGUGGUUUAGAGUGAGUUUGUUUAUAUUAAAUAUUUAUUUAUAUCAACAAUGUCUGAUGUUUACAACCGUGUAUAAAUAAAGGUGAUGAUGGUGAUAACGGGUUUUGAAAUUCAGACCAGGGACAUUCCUCCCCACCCCACCCCCUACCCCAACUAAGAUGAGCUACCCAAUGCUUAAAAAUAAUCUUGCCUCUCACGGGCUUUUUAAUACAACUCAGCCGGUUUCUAAAACUUCUACACCGCUCAGGCGAAUUUCGUCUAAAGGCCCUUUCAAUAUCGAAGACUGACAAAAUGUUUUGCGACUAGUUUAUGCUCAUUUAUUAGUAGGCUUAUGUAUUCACAGAGAGUGGAAAUCCAACGCUUGCCAUUAUGCAUUCUUGUUGAACCUGUCACUCUUCUAUUUUCAGAUUAAUGCGAGCGGUUGCGUAUCGUCAGUUUUCACGGCUAGUGUAUGGGUUUCUUGGGAAGAAACGAAUUCCACUGCCAGCCUGUGCAUAUACUAUCAUUAGAAGAACCUACCCCCUUCAAGACAAUGAAGAACUGACAGGUUUUGAUCUUGAUGACUAAAAAGCAGAGAGGAUCAUAUAAAUGUGUACACUGCAUUUCAAGACAGCAAAUAAAUGAUUAUGGUGUAUUUUAUUCGUAGAAAUAACUGUCAUUCAUCUUUCAGCUAAUGCAUCAAAAUCAAAAAGUUCAUGAAAACCCUUAAUUUUGAUCAAGUCAGCUACAGCGUAAACAUAGGAAUGAUGCUGUUCUUAUAAAGAAAAAUUCAUUUCAACUGAUGUAUUAAAAUACAUCAAUAUUAUUUGAUCAGAUCAAAACAGGGUUCCUUCAUGAAAUACAAUGCAUAGAUAUAUGUCACUUCAGUUUGACAGAAUACUGUUUAUUUACAGUGAUUUACACUAUUGAAUGGAACUCUGAAGUAAAGAACAUGGACUAGCCUAACACUUUUUAAAAAGAUCAACUUUCAAUGAAAUGUUUCUAGUAAAACACUAUUCCCAUGGCAAUGGUUUGGUUUCUUCCUCUACUUUUGGUUUUUAGGGCAAUGGGUCACAUUCUUGUGACCUUUGAGGGGUUCUUUGCAUGUUCUGCAUCGUCUUUCCUUUCUUGCUGUUGUCUGGGCCCCUGUUCUUCCCUCGGGUUGUUCUACAGGAGCUGAGAGCAGAAAAAUCAACUCAUAUUAGCCAACAGAAUGAAUAAGAAUAAUAUUAUUGUAUUCCUGGUUUGCAAACCAGGAACAAAUGAAAUGGCAGCCAUUCUGGUCUUAGAAAUAGAAAGCACUACAGUGAAUAGUAUUCUCUGUUGUUCGAUUCACUCCUCUUUGUAUAACCAAGAAUUGGACAUGUACACUAAAAAAGUGAAUUUUUAAUCAAAUGUAUUUAUUUACCUUCCACUGUAGGAGGGACCUCCUUUGUUACCAUUCUCCUCCUUUCGCUCCGCUUUUGGAUAGCAGCUUCCUUGGGUUGUUUUUCAAACAUUGACAGCAUUGGCUGUGGGGUCAUCUCCUUGAGCUCAUCCACAGCACUAGCCAGGUCCUCCUUGCUGGAUUUUAGAUAAAACUGGUAGAGCUCCUCAACAUAGUCUAAAAAAACCGAAAUAUGCCAAAUAUUUCUGUCUGCUGUAGUUAAUUAAACUUUAUUUAAAAAGUGCACCAAUGAAUAGAAAUAGGCAAAGCAAUCUUUGUUUGUCUAAAGCUGUGUUCACACUAGCACCAAAACAUGAUUCUAAAAUUAUCUCAGCUAUUUUGGCAAAUUUUAAAUUCUAUUGACUGUCAACAGGUUAUUCUUUGCCAACCUUAAAUUUUCUGGUUGAAUGUUUGUACGUGUUGUUGCUACCGUGGCUCCAAGUUAGAAAGGAUUCAAGUUUUGAUGAAUCAUGUUUACACUGCGAUUGUGAACACAGGAAAAGAUACAUGUUUUAAAUAAAACAAACUCAGCAAACCAAAAUUCUGUUCUAUCUUGACACUCCUGACGGUUGCUUCCCCAUUCUUGUAUUUUGGGUAGCUAACUUUUACUUUUUCUGUCCCAUCUGGAUUCGUCUUUGCUUCUCUACGUAAAUUGUAGUUAAAGUGAAGUGCCGCUAGAAUGUGCCUGGAAAACAGAUUAAAAAAUUACACAAUGUUUGUACUUGAAAUGUUCGCAGCCAGUAGGGUACCAUUAUUUGCAUAGUGGGAUGCACUGCCAUAACAACAUUAAUUUUUAUUGGCAACUGUCCAGAUUAUACUAAUAAAAAUAUUCCGAAGAAAAGGAGAUAAAGCUGUUUCUGAAGGAAGUACACCUAUCGCAGCCCUCCCCUUUGAUAUGCCUGUAUUACAACUACCUGCAAAGCAUCCCAACAUAAGAAUAUGCAAUCAUCUUUGGGGCAAACUGAUUUAGUACAGAAUGGAACCCUUCCAAGCAAUCUGUUUGGUCGAUUGGUGAUGCCUGUUGAAUCCCCUUCUUCAGGCUGUUAGUUGUCAGCACUUUGCAUAACCUUUCAUAGGCUUUGUCAUCUGUUGAAGACAAAAACAGUAAUGAUCAGAACUAAUAACAGUGUGUAUUUGAGUAAAAUUUGCUACACUCUCACAGAAGCAAAGAAUGAGUUAUAAAAUAGGGAUAUUGAUUUAACAACAUGAAAGAAAUCAAACUUGACUGCGAGCAGUUUCUUUCCUUUUUCUCUUCUUCACAUUUAAUGAGGAAAAGGUAUGAGCAUCAAGCUGAGUCACACACUAAAUCAUUUUGUGUCUUGUGCAUUUCACUUAGCAGGCUAAAAAAAGAAAGACUACUUGUAGUCUAAAUCAAAACCACAUUAGAAAACAACUGACCAUCACAAGUGUUAGAGUGGGAGAUUUUCUCACCUGUCUGAAGCCAUGUCCUAUCAUUAAUCUCUCCAUGGGCACAUUUAUUAAAGAGAGGAUCGUCUAAGUCUGAAUGUUUGUUAACAAUGUGGCUUAGGAAUGAUUUAAACUUAGCCCAGAUUAUUUUUCCAUUUCCACUUGGUGUGGUUGUAGCACUCCGGUGAAGAUGGUUUGUGCAUGGCUUUAUCCACUCCUUGAGCUGCUCAUUGUCUUUCUCUUUUGCAAGUUUUGAAAUUAGUUUCUUGAUCUCUGUUUACAAAUUAAUAAAAACACAAAAAUUAUUGAUUUAUUGAAGAGAGGGUCAAACCAAAGCCUAUUUUGCCUCCUACAACUGUUAUUAUUACUUACAUAGCUGUUUUCUAGCUAAAACCUCAAACCCAGUACUAUAAUAAUGUGAACUGGAUAUGACAUGUGCAUUGUUGUAAGGGUAUAAUCUUCAAUGAUUAAAUCAAAUACAGAUGUUAUAACUGCUUAUGACAACAACUGUUAUACAUGUAAAAGCAACGGAGAAGUUAUUAGAUUAUUAAAUAAAAAUUCUAACUAAUGUCAUCGAGGCUUGACCCAUAGGCUUUCUGUAAGUUUUCUCAAGAUUUCUAAGUAAGACAUGUUGCUGCUCAAAACACAAUGGGGAGCUGUUGGAGUCAGGGUAGAUGACUAAGUUUUAAUCUCACUUUUCUUUAAAUGCCAGAGGUCAAAGUAUUGUGUGAUGUGUUUGAGGACUGUCUUGAAGUAGGCUGCAAUCUGGGUGUGACGGUCUGAGAUAAAGGUGGUUAUUACAAUGCCACAUCCAGCAAGGAAGUUCAUGCACAGCUGAAAACCCAUGAACUCCAUUGCAGGGCUGUUGCCAGCUUGAUUCCUCUGAAAAAGCAAAAUAUCAACAUAAUUUGGUUUAGUUACCUUAACCACUUUGCAAUAAUUGCAUGUGUGCACAAUACUUUGAAAUUUACUGUGGACCAAAGAAUGUAAACCUAGCAGAAAUUUUUUGCUUUGCUCAAAAAGAUAAUAUUAUUGUAGCCAUCCAUGUUGUGCAUACCUGUACAAGUGCAAAAUGGAUUAUGGAUGGAAUGGCUGUACAACAUAAUAUGGUGUAUGCACCAAACUUGGCACAGUGCCCCAUACUGUCGUGACGCCCAUCGCCUGCAAGUACAAGGCCAGUACCAAGAUCCUUCAGCUUUGCCAGUAGCCUGGUUUGAUAAUCUUUCCAGAAGAGGUGCACAGUAGGGAACAGAUGACUCUGAAAAGUAUGAAAAAAUGAAACACCAAAUAUUUUCAGAACAAAGAGGGAAUUGAGUUUACUAAUAUAAAAAAAUUAUCUAAUAUUUUUUAUUACAGACCUGUCUAAUGAACAGGUGCUCUGUUACAAAUUGAGACGAAACUAAUGUUAUUGCUGGUUUGCAGCUGACAUCAUGGCGGCCAUGCUGGAUUACAAGAACAAAAUUGUAUCUCUUCCCUGGGAACUAAACUCUUUUUUCAUGCAAAUUCUGUAAAAAAAAUUAUAUUGUUUUGUCAUCUAACAUGGCAGCUUUGUCACAUGGUUGCAAACCAAGAAUAAUGAUUCUUUUUUGGUUUCAGCACAUCACAACACAAGGUAAAUGUUAAUUUUAACUCACUCUUUGAUGUUUGAAGAAGGUGUUCACUGAUACACAUGCCAAACCCAUAUGGUUGAAGAUCUGUCUUAUUUUUGUUAUUGAACCACCAGCAAACAGGACGGACAUGCAAAGAAGAAAAUUCCCAGCAGGAAGUUUCGUGCCUGGCAUAUUUGGCUGGCUGUGCCAUGUAGAUUCUGCACAGCAUCCUGGAUUUGUGCAGACAGUGGUGAUGACAGCUUUGGUGCCAAUCUGUUGAGCUUCAACUUCUGGUGGAUUCUUGCCCUUGCAAACGUGGCACGACUGGAACAGCAACAUCAGCUGUGAUAGAAAGACAAUGAAUUUCGGCUCGGUCCUAAGGUUGCCAUCUUUUGGUGAUUUGACUCUGAAAGCAAAUAUAAAGGCUUCAGCUACAAUCGUCAAUAGGUGACCCUUGUAUACAAGCUUGUUAUUCUCAAUAUCAAGGAAUGGUGGUCAGCUAUCACUUAGCAAAAAAAUUAUGUCUUCUAACCGGGUCGAUUUAAAAACUUCGUCAAUAUCUGAAUCCCCAGCGUCGCCAUCCUCCUCACUCUCACUGGCUGGUUCAUAGUUGGAUCCAGAAGUAAAAUCAGGUUCUUCUUCAAUUGUUUCUGUAUCGGUUUCCUCAUCAGCGUAUUGAUCUUCUUCCUCUUCUAGAUCCCCCUCUUCCUCCUCUUCCCCCUCCUGCUCUUCAGCACUCAAUUUCCUUUCACUCUCUUCAGUUUCAUUCAGUUUCUUUGAUAGUUGUUGUACUAAAAGUGGAAACAAAUAAAAUAGUUAUGUUGGGUUAGUAGAGAAGCACUUUAGGUGAAAAAGAUAGCAAUGCAUGUCACAAGAGCUGAAAAAAUGGCCUAAAAAUACCAAGGCAUGAAAAUGUUCAACCCUGAAAAAUACUUCAAAACAUAAAUAGACCCCAAAAAUAUGCCAGAAAAAACUCACUACUCACUACCUAUUUGUUCUGAACAUUAUUUUAUUAUAAUUAUGGUUACAAUAGUACAGGUGCUCUGAUUGACUGCUGCGCAGGCAUUAUGAUGGUAUAAGUCAUGAAUUACACUUGUCAAGUCUUAUCUUACACUACCUUUUUUCUUGAGGUAUUUAUUUUUUGCAGUCUGUCUCUGGAGGGCCUGACGUGUAGUUGCAAGCUUCCCUUGCAGAACCUCUGUUUCUCGUAGUAGUUUGCUUUGUGUCGAGUCAGUUAGGGUUUGCACAGACUUAUGUUGUACCUUUAAAAAAUUAACAUUAGCCAUUUUGUCACACAAGAUCUGAAUACCAGUUGCCAUGAGUUGUGAAAUUGAAGUUCUAAAGUAGGUCUUUUAACUAAAUGCAUGUACAUGUAGUUCAAUAUUACAUGUAAAUCAGGGAGACCUCCAAAGGUUAUAACAUGCACCUUGAUAUAAUUUUGUAUUAGCUUGUUAUCAUUCGUUGCAUGAAUUUAGCUUGCAUGUGGUUCCAGACUGCUGUCAGGACUACAUGUUUACUGUCAUGCCAUUCAUGGAACAUGACUACCAACUUACAUUUAGAUCAGGAGUGGUGUCCUGACUUGUACUGGUCCCUGGUUCUGUGCAACUCACCUAAAAAAAAAAACUUGUGUUAAUAAUUUAUCUGGCCAAGAUAUGUAUCACAGGGUGUAUUUCACAGAGUCAUUGGCAGAAAAAAGGGAUACAUGUACAUCAACAACUGUGAGGAAAAACUUACAUUUAGAUCAAGAGUGGUGUCCUGACUUGUACUGGUCCCUGGUUCUGUGCAACCCACCUAAAAAAAAAACUUGUGUUAAUAAUUUAUCUGGGCAAGAUAUGUAACACAGAGUGUAUUUCACAGAGUCAUCAGCAGAAAAAAGGGAUACAUGUACAGUCGUCAACAACAGUAAAGAAAAACUUACAUUUAGAUCAAGAGUGGUGUCCUGAUUUGUACUGGUCUCUGAUUCUGUGCAACUAACCUAUAAAAGAUACCUGGUGUUAAUAAUUUGUCUGGGCAAAAUAUGUAUCAUAGAGUGUAUUUCACACAGUCAUUGGCAGAAAAGAAGGGAUACAUGCACAUCAACCACAAUAAAGACAAACUUACAUUUAGAUCAAGAGUGGUGUCCUGAUUUGUACUGGUCUCUGAUUCUGUGCAACUCACCUAUAAAAAAUACUUGGUGUUAAUAAUUUGUCUGGGCAUAAUAUGUAUCAGAGUGUAUUUCACAGAGUCAUGGGCAGAAAAAAGGGAUACAUGUAUAUCAACAACAGUGAAGAAAAACUUACAUUUAGAACAAGAGUGGUGUCCUGACUUGUACUGGUCUCUGGUUCUGUGCAACUCACCUAUUAAAAAUAUCUGAUGUUAAUAAUUUAUCUGGGCAAAAUAUGUAUCACCAGCUUACUGGCAGAAAAAGUAAAAAACAGCUUACACUCACAUCAAGAGUGGUGUCCUGAUGACCAGUCGAUGGCUCUAACUCAAUGGCUGCGCACGACGAAUCCAAAUUGGACAUCCUUUCUUUGGCCGAUCUGACAUUCUAUAUAGGAAGAAUACGUUGCUCAUAAUUUGAUAUAAUACUUGUCUAAACCAGGGUGACAAUAGCAGGUCUAAUAGAAGAUUACUUGCCAUUCUCUUUUGUCGUUUUGUCGGGGAACCUUGAUGGUCAUUUUCACUUCCUCUUUUUCCAACAUGGAUGGUUGGCCAAACGCAAACUCCAAAUUCAUCUUCCUUAAGGAGUCGUUUUAGAUUAGACUGAAAAGGUCUUGUAAAGUCUUCGGGCUUGAAAUGCACUGAGCAUAUCGAAGAAGUCUUUCCCGGGGUCCAGUGUUUGCGCGUCUCAUUCACGAACUUUAUCCAUCGUUGUCUUCUUCGGCGGACUUCAGGCCUCGGAUCGUUAUCAGAAGGAAUCUUAUGCAUGCUGAUUCCUCUCUCUACAUUUCGAGAGUUGCUGCAUCCAAAAACCACACAUUUUUCAACCAUUUUCUCUGUUUACAAUUGAAGCAUUACCGCGAAUCUUCGGAUAUUUUUGCACGAUGUCCUUUUCUUACGUCACGCUCCAUAUUUGGACACAUUUGGCCGAGUGGGGGACUAAUGCGAACGAUAGGUGAAAAUAUUGACAAGACUGCCUUCACUUCUAGCGCUCGUAAAAAAAAAGGAUUCAAUAUUUCUAAAAAAUUUUUUCGAAAAUGAGUUCUUGAAAGAUAUGGAAAUCUACCAAAAGAAAAAAAAUUGAAGGGUUAGGGGCACUUUAACUUUUAUGCUUGUUCCCUUUUUAGUAGUUCGAUAAACGGAAAGAAAAAUUUGAAAUCUUUGUCCGCAGCAAAUGUUUAGUUACCUAACAGAUCUUUUUCUUCUGUUUCCACAGUCAGUCAGAUGACAAUCUGUUAAAAAAUAUCGAACUUUUCGACAAGUUAUCUCUUCGCUUCAACGGACGUAUUUUGUUCAUUAAGGACUUGAUCGGAAACAACGAAAUUUGUUGUUGGACUUUUUAUGGCAACGGCAAGAAACUCGCUGAAGUGUGCUGCACCUCGAUUGUCUACGCCACAGAGAAACCGCAAACUAAAGUAGAAUUCCCUGAUUCAAGAAUUUACGAAGAGGCACUAAAUGUUCUUCUGUAUGAACACAGAGGCACGGGAAACUUCCCCGACGCCGAGCUUCUCAGCGCAACUCGGAGAGCGGUCGGGCCCCGAGUAAUUCCCGAAAGCGACGAAGAAUCCUCGAGGAAACAAGACAAGAACAGAUAAAGUUAUUUCACGAGAGAUUAUUUUUUUUCGCAUUGACAGUUUAAUUAAUUGGCUCGUCUUUUAUUGGUAAAUUUGAUGCGUAGACAUGGGUUACUUGUAGCGGAUAUGCGCUGCUUGAAAAUUCUUUUAAUAAAAAUGAUUGACAU